CGUACAUAUCUUCUUGCAACUGCGUGCGUGACGUCUGCUUUGAUAGGUCUCGACUAGGUCUCAACGCGGGCGCAGGAAAGACCAGUGGUAACAAGGUAAAGUGGUAAAAAUGCUCGCCGAGAUCGUGAAGGCGUUCUCGGACGAGUACAAGAAGACUCCAGUCCGUGUGAAGGUUCUGGAUGCGUUCCUAGUCUACGCACUGGCGACUGCGGCGGUUCAGUUCGCGUACAUGCUGCUGGUGGGGACGUUCCCCUUCAACGCGUUCCUGGCUGGCUUCCUUUCGUGCGUGGGCUUCUUCGCCCUGACUGUGUGCCUGCGCAUGCAAGUGGACCCAGCCAACAAGGAGUUCUCGGGGAUAUCGCCCGAGCGCGCCUUCGCCGACUACUGCCUGGCCAACCUGGUGCUGCACCUUGUGGUCUGGAACUACAUGGGCUGAGAGGGGCGGAAGGGGAGGAAGGAAGAGAGAGAAGGAGAGGAGCCGAAGUGGGCUGUGAGCGACAGCCAGCUGAGCUGCACGGGCGGACUGGUGAGAGCUGCGCCACCCGCUCCUGGCGAGAUGCCAGCAGGGGAAGAGCAGCGGUGCCGCUGGUUGGGUGUUACGGGAAGCAGAGCUGGUGGUUGCACGGGGGGGGCAGGAGCAUAGGCGAAGGGGGCAGGAAAGCACGUUGCAAAGGGCUCUGAGCGAGCAGCUGUGCGCGUGUGGCUUCUAUAGGAGUGGAUGACAGGUGCCUGGGUGUAAGAAGGUGCGGAGGUGCGCGCCAGAUGCCGGCUGUCAAUGGUGUGUCAUAGGGGGGGCUUCGGCAGUAGCCUUGCCGCCGGCCACCUGCAGCCCAAUGCCAUGGCCGACGUGUGGGAAGCAGUCGUCCUUGACCGAGGGGGCGGCCCUCCCCCGGAUAUCACAUGCGGACUAGUCAGAGGGGAUCCCGUUGGUCGGGUGUCAGGCACAACCGAUGAGCUGUGUACUCUGAAGCUGUAAAGCACAAAUGCG